AUGGCUCCCUCCGCUAUCACCCCCGAGACCUCUCCCGAGCGUGAGAUCUAUGUCAAGAAGCCCGUUGAGCAGACCCAGACCCGCAGCCACUCUGGCUCCGUCUCCUCCGUCAAGCUCAACGACGGCAACUACAUUCCCCAGGUCGCCCUCGGCGUCUACAAGGCCCCCAACGGCCAGGAGACCGAGGACGCUGUCACUGCCGCGCUGGAGGCUGGCUACCGCCACAUCGACUCUGCCGCCCGAUAUGCCAACGAGGAGGCUUGUGGUCGUGCCAUCCGCCGCUGGCUCGAGAAGACUGGUACUCCUCGUGAGGACGUCUACAUCUGCUCCAAGCUCUGGGACUCUGACCACGGCUAUGAGGCCACCUUUGAGGCUCUCUGCACCUCGCUGGAGAAGUUUGGUCUCGACUAUCUCGACCUUUACCUGAUCCACUCCCCUGCUCAAGAUGAGGAGAAGCGCCUGGAGAGCUGGCGUGCUCUGGAGACUGCCCAGAAGCUCGGCAAGGUUCGAUCCAUUGGCGUCUCCAACUUUGGAGCUGCCCACAUGGAGAACCUCCUGGAGAACGCCCGCGUUCCCCCUGCCGUCAACCAGGUCGAGGUCCACCCCUUCUGCCAGCGCCAAACCCUCGUCGAGCUCUGCAACAAGCACGGCAUCAAGAUCGAGGCCUACUCUCCUCUGGCCCGUGGCAACAAGCUUGAGGAUCCUACCAUUGUUGAGAUUGCCAACAAGUAUGGCAGGACCCCUGCCCAGAUCCUUCUCAACUGGAGCGCUGCUCGCGGCAACGUUGUCCUGCCCAAGAGCUUGACUCCCCACCGCAUUGAGAGUAACCUCAAUAGCUUCGACUUUGAGCUCGCUGCUGGCGAUAUUGCCCGCAUCGACGCCCUUGAGGAGAACUAUGUCACUGGCUCCAUGCAUAAGUCCAAGGACUGA